UUGAACUGCCUCACCCACUAACAUCAUCAUCGACAUCAUUCCUGUGAGAUCAUCAUCAUGUAAACACACACACACUGUAAAUCACUUUAUUUUCCUUAUCACAGAGAAAUGCUGCACAUUAAAACACUUCAGGUCAGUGUUCAGGAAGGGGUGAAAUUUCAAACCCUGCAGGAAUAGCACACUCACGUGUAUAAAGCCGAGAAGAUGAGUACAGCAAAGCCGAGUGGUCUCAAACCGCCCACCAAGAUUGGAAAACCAGCUGCGGUGCCAAACAAGACCUCACCCACUGCAGCCGUCCCCAAAGCGGUGAUGUCUCCAACCUCUCAUACAGGUCCAGACACAGAGUCAGACUUCUCCGUUGGUGAAAGAGUCUGGGUCAAUGGAAACAAACCGGGCUACGUGCAGUUCAUCGGCGGGACUCAGUUUGCACCGGGUCAAUGGGCGGGUAUCGUUCUAGAUGAACCCAUAGGGAAAAAUGACGGUUCUGUGGCCGGGAUUCACUACUUUCAGUGCGAGGACCUGCGAGGGAUAUUCACUCGCCCUUCCAAACUGUCUCACACUUCUGUGGCGGAGCUUAAGGCCAAUGGCACGGAGACGCCGGCCAGCAAGACCUCCACCAGCCAGACCACUCCCCCCAAAGCUCUUCCAGAUACUCAAACCGCUAAUGCACCCAAAACCUCAGCAAACCUAACCAGAGCCGCCAGCGGGUCCACCUCGAAUCUGUCCGAGGCCGACUCGGCUAAGAAGUUACAACGGGAACUUAAACUGGGUGAUCGUGUUCUGGUGGGUGGAACCAAGGCAGGCGUGGUGCGUUUUCUGGGUGAAACUGACUUUGCCAAAGGCGAAUGGUGCGGUGUUGAAUUAGAUGAGCCGCUUGGAAAGAACGACGGGGCAGUGGCGGGUGUGAGGUAUUUCCAGUGUCUUCCCAAGUACGGCCUGUUCGCUCCCACGCACAAAGUGACCCGCAUCGGCUUCCCGUCCACCACGCCGGCCAAAUCCAAAAGCUCAAGACCGCGGUCCACCCUGAAGCGCAGCCCCAGCGCCUCCUCCGUGAGCUCCCUCAGCUCCAUGGCCUCCUCAGUCGGAGGCAAACCCAGUCGAGCGGGCCUGCUCACGGAGACGUCUGUGCGUUACGCGCGGAAGAUCUCGGGCACCACGGCGCUGCAGGAGGCUCUGAAGGAGAAGCAGCAGCACAUCGAGCAACUCCUGGUCGAACAGGACCUGGAGAGGAUGGAGGUGGCCAGAGCCACCAGCCACGCCGGAGAGGUUCAACAUGAGCUGGCGCUUCUCAGACAGGGUCAGGAACAGUAUGCCCUCGAGAUGGAAGCCAAGUUGGAUCAGUUGCGCAGACUCGUGGAAACGGCAGACAGAGAAAAAGUGGAGCUGAUGAAUCAACUGGAGGAGGAGAAAAGAAAAGUGGAGGAUCUGCAGUUUCGUGUAGAAGAAGCUUGCAUUACCAAAGGUGACCUGGAGACGCAGACCAAACUGGAGCAUGCCCACAUUAAGGAACUUGAACAGAGUCUUCUCUUUGAAAAGACCAAAGCAGAUAAACUCCAGAGAGAGUUAGAGGACACUCGGGUGGCCACAGUGUCUGAGCGCUCCAGGAUCAUGGAGCUGGAGAAGGAGGUGGCUGAUCUUCAGCUUCAGAUGAGAACUCUCAGAGCCGAGACCUCCGGAUCCGCUUCACCUCCAUUACAGGACAAGAAGAUCAAAGAGCUGAACAGCGAGCUGGAGAACAGACAUAAAGAGAUGCUUCUGUUCCAGCAGAAACUUGCAUCAUCUGAGCAGGAGAACACUUCUCUCCAACAACAACUACAGGAUCUGAAACAAAAGCUUGUCGUGGCAUCAGAGGAAAAUAAUCAAGCUAUGCUAACUGUGCAAGAGCUGGAGAAGAAUGUUACAGCAGAUAAAGAGAAGCUGGACCGGGUGUGUGAGGAGAAGAAGGAGCUGGAGAGGGAGUGUGAGGAGAGAGAGCGCCAGAUGAAGGAGAAGACGGGCCGAACUGAAGGAGAGUUGAACAAAUCCACAGAGAGGAACGUCGAUCUGGAACGACAGGUGGCUGAACUGAAGGCCUACAAAGAUCAAACCCAGUCCACAGAGGAGCUGGAUCACCUGACACAGAGAAACAAAGAGCAGCAGAAGGAGGUUGAGACCCUGAAGCAUCAGAACUCUCAGUACGAGCAGCAGUUGAGUUCAGAGACGCAGCGCAUCGGAAACCUCUGCAAAGAAAUUGAGGAGCUGAAGCUGGCAGCCAAUCAGAAGUCUCAGAUGCUCCAGGAUGAGAAAGGGAAGUUGGCUUUGGACCUGAACGUGAGUCGACAGGAUGUCCACAUGCAGCAGAAGCCUGAAGAUGAAUCUCUGACCAGCCAGCUAGAGAUUACAGAGAGGGAGAACUCCAAUGCACUGAUGUCAGAUAAAGACAAAGAGCUCCAGACGUUACGAAAUGAGAUCGCAAUGCUGCGUGGGGAAAAUGCCAUGGCCAGAACGCUUCAGUCAGCAGUGAAAUCUCUAGAGAGGGACAAAGCCCAUCUGCAGAGUCGAGUGAACAGUCUGGAACAAAAGCUGGAGGGACGGCCGGGCGGAAACGGAGAAGUCAUCACCUCAGGUGAUGCUGCUAUGGAGCAGCUGAGAGGAGAGAAGGAGUUUGCUGAGGGACAGAUCAACUUCUUAAACUCGGUCAUUGUGGAUCUCCAGAGGAAGAAUGAGGAACUGAAUGUGAAGCUGAAGAAAAUGGCAUUGACCGAAUUCAACGGCAAUGAUGAAAACGAUGGUCUUGGUGAUGUCAAAAAGAAGAAGAAAGCUCCUCCACGUGUUUUCUGCGACAUUUGCGACUGCUUCGACCUUCACGACACAGAGGACUGUCCCACGCAGACGCAGUCUCCAGACUCUCCACCGCACACCACCUAUCAUGGCUGCCGCGGUGGUGAACGGCCUUACUGCGACACCUGUGAGGCUUUCGGUCACUGGAAAGAUUCCUGCAACGAUGACCAAACCUUCUGAAUUCCCCCUCGGCCCCUCCGCCUGAGAGCAGGCAAUGCACAGAUCGCUUUCCACCAGAAUAUACGCUAUUUUUGUAUACAGCAUAUAUAUAUAUCUAUAUAUACAUUCAGACCUCUUGUACAUUCCUUUACACCUGUCCGUCUGAAGGCUAGGGUAUGCUGCAUUCAUGUCUUUCAAAUGUUUUAAUGACGGGAGAUUUUUCAGUGUUGUUUUGUGUGUUUUCAACUGUUGUGUGUGCAUUAAUCCAAUGAAGAAUUACCAGCGGAAAAAUGGGAAGCUGUUUAGCGAUACUUAAGUGUGUUUUUAAAGCUGCUGUUUGUAGUUUCUUUGCUAAUAGAAUUGAGAAAAUACUGCUUUUUAACAGUUCUGCUUAAAUAACAGCAAACAAAGCAGUUCUUUUAAUUCAUUUUUAAUGCAGUUUUGUCUAAAAAAUAUCUUAAAGAGAUCGUAAACAAUAAAGACAAUAAAGUUGUUAGCCGAAUAUUUUGGCCAAUGUAGCAGGUCAUCAGGGAUUGUAGGCCAAUGUUUGUAAACCAGACUUUUUACUUUAAAUAGGAUUUAAAAUAAGACAAAGCAAACAGCUAAAACAACUAAAAAUCAAGAAAUAUACAUCUUUCUAGUUAUGGCUAGCUAAUAAUUUACUUGCGCAUAAAACUGAGACUGAGACAAAAAUGACACACUUCAGCAUUGAGAAGUCGUAAUGGACUGCUAUUGCGGACACAAAAACCAGUGCACCAAACAAAGAUGAAGCUAACCACUUUAAACUUAUUGCACUCUUCACUUUAAAUACAUACAGCACAUGAGCUGCCGUUCUUAAGAACUGAGUUCUUGUCAAAUAUAAUCGUGAUAAUGAGACACAAAUGUUGUGUAUUUUUAUGUUAUAUCCUGUAGAUUUCUGGCCUAUUCACACCAAGCUAUGAAGAAUAUGCACAAGAUUAUCCGAUUGAACUUGUUCUUUCUCUUAUGGAUUCUUGAUUAAUUUAUGUAAAUUAUUCAUAUGCUUCUUUCAGGUAUUUCGACUUGUCUUCAGAGAACAAAGAACAAUUUGGGUGCAAAACAUUUUUGUGAAUAUUUUUUACAUUUGUGUAGUAUAGUUGGCGUGAAUAGGCCUUCACUAAAGCACAACUUUAAUGCACAGGAUCAUAUUGAAUCUCGUAAUAUUUAUGUCAUAUUAACAAAGUUUAUUUAGCAACCUAAUAAACUGCAAUGAAGUAGUGCACAAGACUAUAUGUAUAAUAUUUAUGACUAUUUCUGGUUUAAAAAUAAUUUGAUAAAAAAGUGUUCAUUGCAAAUAGGAUCUGUUUCUACUAAAAUAUUGUGGCAGUGUUUAACUGUUGUAACUGUUUAUGUACUGUUUGUUCCAAUGAACUUAAUAAAAAAUGUCCAACAAAUUCUUCUGA